CUCUCUCCUUCAGGUCACGUCACCUACCGACGCCCCUAUCGACCCACACAGACAGACAGACAGACAGGCGGGACGGAUGCCUCAGCCAGCCAGCCAGCCAGGCCGCUCCAAGCCGCCUAGCUAGACCCACCACCAACCAUCCCAUGUCGAUGGCAUGGCAUGCAGCCAAGCCAGCCAUCUCAAGAACUGAAUAGUGAGUCGGUCAGUAGAGGACGCCCAGGUACUUGGCGCGUGUGUAUCUGUGGGUGAGAGCCUCCCAGCUGACGAUAAACUCGUCGGCCAGGGGGUACAGCAGCCGCCCACUCAGCGACAGACUCUUGACGCGGCAGAAGCUCUCGACAAACACCAGCUUCUUACGGUGGUAGCACACCAGCUGCACACACACACACACGCACACACACAAGUGGAAGUGUGGGCUGGUGUGGUGUGCAGGCCUCUGCCUCACCCAGCCCCCCGGCCGCCCACCUCGUGGAGCAGGGCAGCACAGCACACGGGGAUGCAGGUGCCAGGACCGUUGACCAACACCUGACACACGGAGGGAUGGACGGAUGGAUGAGCGUCAUUCAGUGACCCGUUGAUUCGUUCGUUCCUUACCAGGUCAGGUGGGUCGUCAAAGACCAUCCUCACACUCGCCCAGAGGCUCACCAAAGACGUCCAGCCGCUGCUCAGCCACCUGCACCAACACACACACACACACACACAUUCGACGCACGAUAUAAGGAACCAGAUCAAAUGACAGCAGAGCAGAGGACCGCCAGUCUGUGGUUCUUACGGCUGCCCAACCUCCCGGCUCCUUGGUAUGACCCGGAAGGAGAACAGACGCUCGAUGUCCUCCUCCUGCCGUCCAUCCAUCCAUCCAUCCACCCGCACAGCGGCCGGCCGGCCUGCCUGCCUGACUAAGUGGGUGAGUGAUUGCUAUCUGACUCACGGGCAAGUGUCGUGUCCUGUGGAUGAGUUUGCCAAGCUUCUGCUUGCUGGUGUGAUCGGUCUCGGCCAUGACGAACGUGAUGCGGUACACGUCGAACCGCCACUGGUGCACCAGCUGCAGCAUCUCCAUCGUGUGACCCCCUGCAUGCAGCAAUCACAUCAACCAACCGUGGCACUCACUGCAGGAUGCCGUCGGUUGCCCGGCCCGGCCGACCUGAUCCGAGCACAACCAUGGUCUUGACGAUUCUCUUGCCGUCGUCGCACACGCGGCCGACGGGCGGGGAGGCGUCUGAGCUGCCCCGGGCCAACCUCUUGAAGAGCCAUGUGACCGCCCGCAGGCAAAUCGCCAACAAGACGACGAGGGCGAGGUUGGCGACGACUAACAGAGGGAGAGAGUAGCUGCUGCUCACGCUGCCGGUGCUGCUGCUGCCGCUGGAAGUGCUCGGAAGGUGUGGAUCUUCCAUGGUCACGGCAGAUCAUUGCAGUGCCUGAAUCGGGGAGCGAGCAAACAGCGCGGCAUUAAGCACAUGAGUUGAUUGUUUCCAUUCCUCGC